AUGAACGAGACCACGCAGAAGGAUGAAGCCAUUGCACAAGCAACGACACUUACUGAUGAAGCUUUAAACCAGAUUGGAAAUUCACAAUAUGAUAAAGCAAUUUAUUUAGCAGGCACAGCACUUGAUAUCGUCACCAGACAAUGUGGAGAAGUCUCUUUCGAAUGCUGUAAAUUUUAUCAUGCUCUUGCAGAUGCCCAGCUAUGCAAGGUUGAGAACUCUAAUGAUCCUUUAAGUAAUGGAGGGACUGCCACUGCUAUUUCACAAGAUCAAAAUAAGAACCCGAAUGAGAAAUUUCCUGAAGCCAUGCUGAAGACUGCCACUGAAAAAGUCAAAGAAUUUUUCGAACAGGCAGGACAAAAGAUAGGAAGCAAAGAUGAAUCAGCCAAACCCGAAACUAAAGAAACCCCUCCAAAAGAGAAGGAGGACUCCAAGCCAGCUGCAGAAGAGAAGCCUGUUCCAGAAGCUCCAACUAAGAAGGAAGAGCCAGCUGCUAAAGAGGAGAACAACGCUCCAGCUAAAGAAGACAAAAAUGAAAGCAAAGACAACCCAAAGAUUGAAGAGGAGGAGGAAGAAGAGAUCAUUACUACCACAAGACAAGAAAAUAUGGAGGAAGAGAAGAAAGAUCCGAACGCUAAAGAAGAUGACGAAGAUGAUUAUACCGAUGAGUUUAGAGCCCCAUGGGAAAACCUUGAGGUUGCCUUAGCCAUCUUUGAAAAGACUAAGGCAAUGCAUGAGAAUCCAGAAGAAUUUGAGCAAAUCAACUGGAACACGAAAGCAGAUAUUUUAGAAAGGCAGGCAGACCUAGAAGCAGCAAGGGAGAAUCUCAAAGAAGCAAUUAGGCUGUACAAUUCAUUGAUCGAUCUUUGCAUCAAGCAUAAUUGUGAUAGAGCAAAAAGUAGGACUAUUGCAGGAAUUCUAUACAAGAUUGGAUGCGCAUAUCAAUUUGUACCUGAUGGCCAGCAAGCAGCACUUGAUAGUUUCUAUGAAGCCUCCACUAUUUUGGGAGGAAUCUUGAUUGAGGAUGUAAAGACUCACAAUCCAGAGGAAGGUUCUAAGCUUAAUAUCAUGGACUUAAAAGAUAAUGAGAAGCUUAAGAAGAUAGAGAUAUAUUCUGAUAAGGCGAGAGAGUUGCAAGGACUUACACUUGAGAUUAACAACAAGAUAGAAGAAUGAAAAAUCUCAUUAACAGAGAAGCCCAUUCUUGAAAAAGCUAAAUUAAAAGCAGAGCCGGCUAACACUUUUAAAAAGCCAACUUUAGAGAAUGCUACUCCAGUAAAUUUGGGAUCUUUUGGUAAGGGUAAAAAGAGAACUCAUGAAGAAGCCAGCAAACAGGACCCUGAACAAGAAAUAUCAGCUGCCAAUUCUGAGCCCACUUCUGCAGAGAACUCUAACAAGAAGCAAAAAGUGGAAGAGUCUGGCUAAUUAUUAAUAAACCUAGAAGCCUUCCAACA